AUGGGACGCGCCGAGAUAGUGCGGAUUCUCCUCGAUGCUCACGCUGAUGUCAAUACCCAGGGUGAUCCGUAUGGAUCUUCUCUUGUGGCGGCUGUUCAUGAGGGCCAUUUUGAUCAAGUUCAAAUUCUUCUUAACACUGGCGCAGAUUCGUUGCUCGCAGAUGAACUCGACCAGACUCCUCUUCAUACUGCAGCUUCGAGAAACAUGCUCCAUAUUCUCUAUCGAUUUCGGCGUUUCACCUCGACUAUCAACGACCAGGACAAGCUGUUACAAACCCCUCUCCAUCUUGCUGUCUGUCUCGGUCACAUCAGAUUCGCUAUUAUGCUUCUCAACCUUGGUUCCGAUCCUUGCCUUCAGGAUGGCUAUGGCAGAAAUAUCAUGGACUGGGCACUGAGGCACGAACUCUUGAUGCACCAAAUCCGUAAACAUUGCCCUCAGACCGUCUUGACCCCUGAUCAGAUCCUAGAACAGGGGGUUCGCUGA